AUGCUAUUCCUCGAUGGCACCCAUUUGCUAGGUAAAUAUGGUGGCAUCCUACUAGGCGCAACUGCAAAGGAUGGUAAUGAAGGUCUAUUUCAUCUAGCUUUUGUUAUUGUUGAUAAUGAAACUGACAAUAACUGGACAUGGUUUAUUUCCACUCUGGGUGAUGCAAUAUAUGGUCAAGAUGACUACCACAAAAUCAUUACAUUCAUUUCAGACCGUUCUAAGGGACUUGUUAAUGCUAUUGCCAAAGUCUUCCCCUCUGCCCCACAUGGGUACUGUUUGCGACAUCUCCAAGCAAAUUUUUUGAAGGCUAAUGGUCGCUUAGGGAAAGGAUUAAAAGAUGAGUGUUGGAGCUUGAUUGUUAAGAUUGCAUAUGCAUGCACAUCCUCGGAGUAUGAUGCAACUGUGGAUAAUAGUUAUUUUAGUGUUCCCUAUUUAUUCCUAGUGUUUAAUAUUGUGGCUUUGCCAUGGUUCAAGAUGGUGAACCUAAUGUACAAGCGGCGUGAGAAUUGCAUGAAAUGGGAAACCCAUCUUUACCCGGAGAUUCACAAGAAGAUUGAAAAGACUAUUGAAGAAAGCAUAUGCUUAGUCAUAGGCCAAUCUGAUAGUGAUAUUUUUGAAGUCAUGGACAAGCAGGUCAACUAUGUCGAUGUAAUCGAACCUUUUUGUGUCAUUAGUGGGAGGUGUACAGUCUUCCUUGAAACCAUGCCUGUUGCGUAA